CGGAAACGGGAUGUGAUGUAAACACACAGAACUUUUUCCUUUUUUUUUUCUCGUCCUUGUGUCUCUGGAGUUUGCAGAACUUCUUCCAUCGCUGUCGGAGAACCAGAACCCGAACCAGAGCAGGAGAUAAAAACAUCUGGGAGAUAAACGUCUCGCUUUUUCCUCCGCCAUGAUCCUCUGAAGGGGCCUGCGGAGCUUCUCAGCCGGACUGGACGCGCCGAGCCUCGGAUCGGACCGGAGCGGACAGAGAUGUAGCGUGUUUGUUGGCGUGACCGGCGGACCAUCAUGCACCUCUUCCUGCUGCUGAUCCUUCAAGCCACAGCAGCCUUCGGACAGAUCGACCCGGCACACUGCCGCUAUGCCCUGGGCAUGGAGGACGGACGGAUCAGGGACGACGACAUCACGGCGUCCAGCCAGUGGUACGAGACCACGGGACCGCAGUACGCCAGGCUGAACCGCGAGGAGGGCGACGGCGCCUGGUGUCCUGAAGGCCAGCUGGAGCCCUCAGACAGCCAGUACCUGCAGGUGGACCUCAGCAGACUCACCUUCCUGACCAUCGUCGGCACUCAGGGACGCUACGCCAGGAACUCCGGCAACGAGUUCGCCCGAGCGUACCGCCUCAAUUACAGCCGGGACGGGCUGCUGUGGAAGUCGUGGAGGAACCGGCUGGGGAACCCGGUGAUGGACGGCAACAAGAACGCCUACGCCUCCGUCAUCAACGACCUCCACCCGCCCAUCGUGGCCCGCUACGUCCGCCUCAUCCCCGUCACCAAGCUGUCCACCACCGUGUGCAUGAGGGUGGAGCUGUACGGAUGUCCGUGGGACGACGGGCUGAUCUCCUACAGCGCUCCAGAGGGCCAGCUCAUGAUGCCGCCCGGCUACCCCAUCGCCAGCCUCAACGACUCCACGUACGACGGCGCCCACGAGAGGAGGAGGCUGUUCGGCGGCAUGGGUCAGCUGACGGACGGCGUCAUCGGCCUGGACGACUUCCUGCUGACCCGCCAGUACCAUGUGUGGCCCGGAUACGACUACCUGGGCUGGAGGAACGACUCGCUGGGAACCCAGGGACACGUGGAGAUGGAGUUCGUGUUCGACAGGCAGCGGAACUUCACCUCCAUGAAGGUCCACAGCAACAACAUGUUCUCGCGCGGCGUGAAGAUCUUCUCCUCCGUGUCCUGCCAGUUCAAGCCCCGCCUCAGCGCCAGCUGGGAGGCGGAGCCUGUGGCGUUCAAGACGGUGCUGGACGACCGGAACCCGAGCGCUCGCUACGUCACCGUGCCGCUGAACCGCCGCACCGCCAAGUCGCUGCGCUGCCGCUUCUACUUCGCCGACGUCUGGAUGAUGUUCAGCGAGAUCUCCUUCCAGUCGGAGGACACUGUCCUGCCGACCCAGAUGCCCCUGGUGGGGACGUCUCCCGCAGCCAGCGAACGCAGCACCGUCGCCGCGGCAGCCACGACAGCGAACCCGUCGGCCAGCGACCCCACCGAGGUGGUGAAAACGCCCGUCCUGAUUGGCUGCCUGGUGACCAUCAUCCUGCUGCUGGUCAUCAUCAUCUUCCUCAUCCUGUGGUGUCAGUACGUCUGCAAGGUGCUGGAGAAGGCUCCACGUCGGAUCCUGGACGAGGAGAUGACGGUCCGACUGUCGUCCUGCAGCGACACCAUCAUCCUGCAGACGCCUCCGGUACCGCCUCGGUCCGGACACCCGCCUACAGCGUGCGGCGGAGGCUACGCCGAGCCGGACAUCACCCAGUGCACACCGCACCAGUGUUUCCAUAGCAACGCACCGCACUACGCCGAGACAGACAUCGUGCGGCUGCAGGGCGUCACCGGCAGCAACAUGUACGCCGUCCCCGCCCUCACCGUGGACUCGCUCACCAGGAAGGACAUCUCCGCCGCCGAGUUCCCACGGCAACAGCUAAUCUUCAGGGAGAAGCUGGGGGAGGGGCAGUUCGGAGAGGUCCACUUGUGCGAGGCCGAAGGACUCCCGGAGUUCCUCGGGGAAGGAUCGCCACUGCCGGACCAAGACGGACACUCGGUGCUGGUGGCGGUUAAACAGCUGAGAGCCGACGCCACCAGCCAGGCCAGAAACGACUUCCUGAAGGAAAUUAAAAUCAUGUCUCGGUUGAACGACCCCAACAUCAUCCGGCUGCUGUGCGUUUGCGUUUCGUCCGACCCGUUGUGCAUGGUGACCGAGUACAUGGAGAACGGAGACCUCAACAUGUUCCUGUCGCAGCGGGAGAUCGAGAGCACGCUGACCCACGCCAACAACAUCCCGUCAGUCAGUCUGUCCGACCUCCUCCACAUGUCGGUGCAGAUCUCGUCAGGGAUGAAGUACCUGGCGUCCCUGAACUUUGUGCACCGCGACCUGGCCACCAGGAACUGCCUCCUGGACCGCCGCCUCACCAUCAAGAUCGCAGACUUCGGGAUGAGCCGGAACCUGUACAGCAGCGACUACUACCGGAUCCAGGGUCGGGCGGUGCUGCCGAUCCGGUGGAUGGCCUGGGAGAGCAUCUUAUUGGGAAAGUUCACCACAGCCAGCGACGUCUGGGCGUUCGGAGUCACCCUGUGGGAGAUCUUCACCCUGUGCAAGGAGCAGCCCUACAGCCUGCUGUCCGAUGAACAGGUCAUAGAGAACACUGGCGAGUUCUUCAGGAACCAGGGCAGACAGAUCUUCCUCUACGGCCCUCCGCUCUGCCCGCCUUCCCUCUUCGAGCUCAUGAUGCGAUGUUGGAGUCGCGACAUCCCCGACCGGCCCACCUUCGAGGGCCUCUACCAGGCCCUGAGGCCCCAUGUCAGCGGGUGAGCUGCCGGGUCGCACCGGUCCGGUUCUCCUCCUCGGCACCGACGGGGGACUCUCGUUAGAAAACACGAGAACACCGAGGACUGGAAUCGUGUCGCACCGCCGGAGAGGACGAGGAGAGUCGGGAGGUUGGUUUGCUUUCUGUUUCGGAGAGCUGGAGGAAGAACAAGCUGGUCGACUCAGAGGAGAAACAAACCUUUCAGUCCGUAGAUUUCUCAGCUUUCUACAAAAAUCUCUUGUCGGACCUUUUUAAAAAGUUGCCUUAAACUUCACUUUCCUCCACUCUUUGGAUGCCAAAAACUGGACGGACGUUUCAGUCUUGGCAGUUCCUCCUGUCCCUGUGGUUUUUAUUAUUAAUAUUAAUAUUGUUGUAAAGCA